AUGGAGCCGACGGACGAUGCGGUCUACGCCUUUGAGUUGCUACCGACUGCGCUGCCGCAAUGGACAUCUACCGACGUCAAGGUCAAGCUCAUGCAAUGGAACUUGGACGAACAUGGCCGCGUCGGGCGCUUCCGGCCCAGCUGUCCCUUUGAUCCAAACGAUGACGCGGCGUUCCUCCGCUGCUUCUUUGAAAGUCCUGUUGUGCGCGAUCAUCUCACUGUGCCCGCCUCGACACCGACGACGUUGGACGGUCUUUCGUUCGAGCGACUCGCCACGACUGUCACGAGCUUGGCCUUUUUCGAUAAGCUUGCUGACGAGCCUGGCCUCGUGUCCAGCGGCGGCUACCUGCGCAAGUGCUUGGACGAGGUGUACGAGCACUGCACAGUGAGUGACAGCGUCCGCGAAAUGAUGGCCAACUGCGACUCGGAGCACGCGCACUUGUUUACGGCGGCCGAGCAGCGCGAACUCAUCUUCCAGAUCUUCAAGCGACUCGUCAUCGGCGGCGCCAUGUGCCAAUCGGACGAGACGCUCCAGCCGUACCUCGACGUUACCAAGGCCAUUUACAAGGCACUCGCGGCUGUGCGCAAGGGGCCGCAGGGCGGCGUGCACGUCUACUCGCAUGUCUACCUCUUCACAGACGAGAGCACCCGCAAGAGCGGUACGCUCUUCCAGAAGCCGUCGCCCUUUAACGCGUGCUUUGUCGCUAUCGAUCCCAAAAAGCAAGCUGUACAGUGCUGGUACGUCCCCUACGUCCCCUUUUGGUGAUGCGCAACAAGAUCCUAAGAAUGUACACGACAAUUUAACACUGGAUGUUUAUACAGUGUUUGUAAGAAAUUGG